UGUUUCUGAUUAGAUGUACAUACAAGGGUUGGACAGAUGGAUGGCUGAGCUUGUUUCUUCCCAAUUAUUAUCCCUCUGUUUCCCUACAUGCUAAAAUCUGCACCCAAAAUUAAGUUGGAUUGAUGUUUCAGAAGGAUGCUCUUAGCUCUCGAGGAUGGUUGGACUGCAGCUUUCGACCCUGGGCGUUCGGACUGCGAUUGAGGAACGGUGCGGUCCAUCGAGAUAUGAUAGUUACCUGAUUCCCCAACUCCGACACGCCGACUUGUUAUCGAGGAGACCCCGCUUUGGAGGCUGGCGUAGCGGAGGACAGAGGUCCUUCCGUUUCAGUCUGAAGCCCCGCCCACUUCUCGUCUUUCGCUACUUGCCCUUUGCUCUUCCUCCCAUUCCUUUGCCGAUGCCAGCGCGUGACUCGGUUGCCCAGCAACCUCCGGGCACUUUGUCAACGGCAACCAUGUCGGACGAAGAGGAGGCGGUGGCGGAGGCAGAAGAGAUCAUUCGCAGCCAGAGGAUCUUCCUCAACCAUUUGGACAGCUAUGGCGGCAGAAACAUUGGGAAGUAUCUGGCCAAUUGUAUUGUUGGAGCCUCCUUGGAAGAAAUACCAGAGGAAGAGGAAGAAGAUGAGGAAGGAAAAUCAGUUGUUGAAACUGGGCCUCCUAAACCAAAAGAAGGAAUAUAUCAAAUAGUGGGAACUCUUUCACAGGCAGAGAAUACAAAACCAGAUUUUGCCACGGAAGUAUAUACAACAACUUCUCGAGAUGAGUUGCUAGCUCGCAUGUUAGAAUGUGAUAUCAUUAUUUAUAACAUUUCUGAAGACCCAAAAGAAAUUGAGGAGGCAACCUGGGCAGCAACAGCAUUACACGCAGAAUCAAAACACUUUGAAAAGCAGAAAUUAUUUAUUCUUCUAUCAACAAUAAUGACAUGGGCACGAAGCAAGCCUCUUGAUCCGGAAGAUCCAGAAAUACCUUUUACUGAAGAAGACUAUCGUAGAAGAAAACCCCAUCUUAAUUUUAUGGAACACAUCAAUGCUGAAAAAACCAUUAUCAAACUUGGGAAAACAAACAAAAACAAAUUUGGCACAUAUGUUGUUGCUUCAGGUGUUCAGUAUGGAGCUGAAGAAAGACUUCUCCACUACUUUUUUAAGUUAUCUUGGCUUGGGGAGACUCCUAUAAUACCAUGUUUUGGAGAUGGACGAAAUGUGGUUCCAACCAUUCAUAUUACUGACUUAGCAGCAGUGUUGCAGAAUAUAGCAGAUCAUAGACCACGGACCAAUUACUUAAUUGCAGUGGAUGAAUCAACACAAACCCUGGGUGAAAUUGUGAAGUGCAUCAGCAAAAAUGUGGGCCCAGGAAAAAUGCAGAAGAUUCCAAGAGAAAAUGCUUUCCUGAGUAAAGAUUUAACGUUUAUGUUGCCCAGAAUCGUCAUGGAGCAAACAUACUUGGAUGAAUUGUUUGUGAAUCUACGAAUGGAAGCUGUAUUCUUGAAAGAGAACUUCAACAUAAGAUGGGUUGCUCAAGGAGGGAUAGUAGAUAAUAUCGAACAAGUUGUCAAUGAGUAUAAACUAACUCGCGGAUUAUUGCCAGUUAAAAUUUGCAUACUUGGUCCUCCUGGAGUAGGGAAAACUUCAAUUGCAGAAGAGCUAUGCAAAUAUUACAAAGUGCAUCACAUUAAAAUAAAGGAAGUGAUCACUAAAGCCAUAGAAAAUCUGGAGAAAAUAGUUGCUCCUCGAGAGGGAACAGAGUCUGUGGAUGAAGGGGAGGAAGAUGAGGAAGAGGAGGAAGAAGAACAAGGAGAUAAUGUAGAAGAAGCACAGGAAAUGUUAGAUGCAGUUAAAGAAAACAUGGAGCAAAAUUCGGGUCGUCUAGAUGAUCACUAUGUGAUUCGGUUCAUGAAGGAAAUGCUAAUGUCUAUGCCUUGUAAAAACCAAGGAUAUAUUUUGGAUGGGUUUCCAAAAGUCUAUGACCUGGCAAAAGAUCUAUUUAACAUUGAAGAGGAGGAGGAGGAAGAUGAUAUGAGAGGCAAAAUGCAUCGCUAUGACAAAUUAAUAACUCCUGACUAUGUUGUUUCUUUGAAUGCUUCUGAUGAAUUCUUGAAAAACCGAAUCAUGAAUCUUCCUGAAAGCAUUGUUGCUGGAACACAUUACGCCCAGGAUCGAUACUUAAGAUCCCUCAGUCUUUUUAGGGAUUUAAACACUGAGGAUGAAACAGUUCUCAACUAUUUUGAUGAAAUAGAAAUACAUCCACAAUAUAUUGAUGUUUCAAAAUUUGAGGGCCUGGAAAACAGAGUUAUAACAAAAGAAAUAAUCAAAAACAUUGGUGAACCUAGAAAUUAUGGUAUGACGGAAGAAGAAAAGGAAGAAUUUGAACGGAAACUAGCAGAAGAACGGCUUGCUAGAGAAGCGAAAGAAAAGGCUGACUUGGAGAAACAGGAGUUGGAAGAAAGGGCCCAAAAAAUAGCAAAUUGGGAAGAAUGGAAUAAGCGUUUAGAAGAAGUUAAGAGGCAAGAACAAGAACUUUUGGAAGCCCAGUCAAUUCCACUGAGAAACUACUUAAUGAAGCAUGUGAUGCCAACACUUAUGCAGGGCUUAAAUCAAUGUUGCAUGGUUAGGCCGGAUGACCCGGUUGACUUUCUGGUUUUAUUAUAUACCUCAAUUUGUAACUGCCUUCUACCAUGGACAGUGCAAUUCUAUCUAUUUAACAUUACAUCCCAUUAUGCAAAGGAUUGCUUACUGCCAGGCAGAAUAUCUCUUCAAGAAUAAUCCAGAAUUUGACUAGGAAGUCUAAACAGUUGCCCUUAUGCCUUGUUACAUUUAAUGUUAAUGAUUGUUGUGUAAUAUUCUUGUAAAAUAUACAUUCACUUUUGAUUUUUUUUUCAAAAUUAAGAAAUCUAAAUUGUAAGGGUACAUACAUUUAUCUACAAUGAAUGACAACUUACAAACUACCUGGUGAAGUGCAGGAAGUUCCUUUAAAAUAUUUAAAGAAACACCUUCAAAAUUAUUGUUCCUGUAAAAGUAAAUAUCUAGGUUAUCUACUUUAUGACAACAUGUACUUAAAUUGUGCAGUGAAGGAAAAGACUAUUGGUCCUUGUUCAGUUAACACCAAAAGUCCUUUUACAAUGCUGCUAUAUGGAAGAUUAUUCAGUUAUUUCUCUGCAAUUAAUUCAGCAUAUAUUGACAGAAUAGAAUUAUAGUUUUAAGCCAUUUUUUCCAUGAUAUAGUAUCAUCUAGAUAUCCUUGAGGUAACAUAAAGCAAUAAUGAGAUCAUGCUUUGUAUCACCUCUGAUAGCUGGGUGAUACUAUAAUAUGAGGAUUGAAUGAAAAGCAAUGGUACAAGUGGCCAACAAUUGACAGUACUGGCAUGCUAGAAGCUUUCACAUCUCCUUUAAUAUCUAUUCUUUAUUUUCAUUUGUUGAGAAGUUGCUAUGAACAAAACUUAUAUUGUUAUUGCUUAUGAAAAGGAAGCUACUAAGCCACUAAGUGUACUUCAAUGAUUAAUUGAAUUUUUGACUGCUAAUGGAAUAUCUCCGUUUCUCUCCCCCCCCCCGCCGCCCCCCAUUAUAUUCACCACCAAAUUCAAGGUGUUUGGGUGAUAACUGUGUUGAUGUGAAUACUGAGUAGCUAGACCAAAAAAUGUAAAACAAUGAACUGGGAAGAAUUGAUUUAUAAUAUCAAAAAUGAGGUGGACAACCUAUUUUACAGCAAAUGAUGAGGUUGUUGAACUGAUUAAGGACAAUUGAUGAAACCAAAGAAAAUUGCUGUCAGGCUUGGCUUUUCAUAGGAAUAUGUGGAUCAUAUUAAUAAUAUUCUCCAAUAUUGUCAGCCCUCUAUUGUCAAAAUCCAAGUUUUGCUUAGAGGCAGUCUUUGCUUACUGCAACCAUUUGAAACUACAAUGUUGCUAUAAAAGGACACUUACAAUUAAUGCUCAAAGUUCCCAUGGUCACAUGAUCACAAUCUGGACUCUUGGCAACCAGCUCACAUAAUAGUUACAGCAUCCUACAGUCAUGUGAUCACCAUUCUCUACCUUCUGUGCCAGCUUCCCACAAGCAAAGACAAUGGGGAAACUGACAGCGGUCACAAGUCACGCUGUUGAGCUGCUUGCAUCCUUCCCCUGCCUAGCAGCACAUACUCAGCAGCACUACAUUGUGUUGUGACUUACCUAUCUGCUGGCUAUAUACAAACAGCCAAGGACUCAAUUUAUGAUGGCAAUGGGGCAUGCCAGGAUUGUUGUCACUAAGUGAUGUGGUCACAUGACAUCAUGCUUUAAACCGCACCACUUGGUGAUGAAAUUUCAGUCCUAAUUAUUGUCGUUAACUGCCUGUACAUAUUUGUUGGGAUGCAGAUAAUAUUUAUUCACAUGAUCUAAAUCUGGCAAAACUACCAUCCAAAGUGCUACUUUUUUAACAAUACUUUGAAACAACAAUCUGAAGGAAGGAAAUGUUGCUGCAUCUUGACAACCCCAGGCCUCAAUCCUAAUGACAUAUCCAAGAGGCAACUGUAAAAUUAGAUUUCACUGUCUUAUCCUAUCUGUCAUACUAGGAUUCAUGUGAUUUUCACCUGUUCCUCUAGCAAAGGGAUAUUUUAGUAGGCAACUGUUUGAUUCAAAUGAACAGAUAAAAACAACUCUCAACCUGGUUGAAGGGAUAAAGCAUGCAUUUCUUUCAUGAUGGUCUUAAGAAUAGAGAUAAUUACUGUAUGUGGAGAAAUAAACAGAUGGCAAAAGGA